CAAUGACGCGAGUCGCUGAGGGGAACUAUAAAAGGCGGCCGUCCCUGGCAAGCACGAUCCCUUUAGCCAUUGUCAGCUGUCCAUUGAAGAAUUUUGCUUCAUAAAAAGAGCACAACCGUAGGCACUCUUGACGGUUUUUCUGUUUUGUUUUUCUUCCACGAUAACUGGUUCCUCGUUUGUUGUAUUUUGGGGAAUCACUUGACUUCGCGCCUUAUUCGCGUCUACACACACAUAGCGACACAGCAGUAAGUUCUCAUGCCUCCCAAGAAGAAGACAGGCCCGCAACCGGGAGAUGAGAAGAAGGGUGCUUCCUUGUUCAAGACUCGUUGCGCCCAAUGCCACACCGUUGAAGCCGGUGGGGCUAACAAGGUCGGACCGAAUUUACACGGCCUGUUUGGUCGCAAAACUGGCCAGGCACCGGGGUUUGCGUAUACCGAGGCCAAUCGCGACAAGGGAAUAACAUGGAACGACGACACACUGUUCACGUACUUGGCCAAUCCUAAGAAGUACAUUCCCGGCACCAAGAUGGCGUUUGCCGGUUUCAAGAAGGACAAGGACCGUAACGAUGUCAUCACCUAUCUGAAGAAGGCUACCAAGUAGGCCAGCACGAGUUAACGACGUGAGGUUGUUAAGUCGACGCAGUCGAAAACGAGUCAUUUCUGACUCAUUGUACUAUUUACACACUUAGUUCACGCACGUCGCGCAUAUCUACGUUCACUUGUUCGUUUGCGCGUCUCACAGACUCGACCAAAUGUUCCUACUUUUGCGUGAACAAAUUUUUUCCCCGUUCUCUAGUUUUCUUGGUCUCUGUUCUUCUCCCCAGUCCUGACCACAUGUAUCUAGUAUUUCCUCACCGCUUUUGCAUAACGAUUAUGACUUGAUAUGAUGUCUUAUGAAAUUUUGAUGUAUUUUUUUUUUUUUUUUAACAGGAACACUCAAGCAGCUCGGUACUCGUCAACUCUUAAACCAGAAACACAAACGUUUUAAAAG